CUGAGUCGCAGUCACAUCGCAAGGCAAGUCAUCUGUGAAAGAAACAGCUUUAAGGGGAGAUUUGUAUGAUUUUAUAUUAAUCAGAAAACUCCUAAUGGAACAAAUAUUGUUCCUUUGUAGGCCGUUUGAGAUGAAGAAAGAUAGGCUGAGCUGAGAUGAAUCACUCCCCAACCGUAUGGAGAUGCAUGACCAUUCUUCUGACAUUUUCAUUUAUUCGUCCAGUCCCUGUCAGCUGUGUACAGUUCAUCCCACAUGGUUACCUGACAGUUGAGCCAGGCACUCAGUUCCUCAUGGGCUCAAACCUGACUGUGUGGUGCCACGUCACAAAAUAUCAAACAACGCAGAAAUGGUUUGAUAUAUCGCUGGACCUGAAUGGUGAGGCUGUACCUUCCCGAAGGAGAGUGAACCGCACCACCAUGGUGUUCUACCUGCCCAAGGUGGAGACAGCAAACUCAUCAGUGAUCUGCAAGAUGAGGGAGGAUCACCAGUCUCUGAUUGUCAAUGGGCUGGAUCUCCGUGGAGGACUUCCUCCAGAGAAACCUGGAAACAUUAUAUGUGAAACAACAAAGAGUUCUGAGAUAGUCGACUGUUCAUGGAGAAGGGGUUGGGAAACACACUUUACUACGUACUACAACAUCUCGGUCCGCAGAGAAAACGGGACCAAGAUACAUUCACAUCAAAUCAAGGUUGCUGAGAAAACCACCCUGCCCAGAGGGAUGCUGGACACAAACACUAAAUACCUGUUGAUCAUCACUGCUUUCAACUACUUCGGGCUGUCAGAGUCUGAUCCAUACUCCCUCUGCAUCGGGGACAUAGUGAUUCCAGAGACCCCUCAGAUAACACAGGUGGUGUUUAUGAACAACUCUGCCGGUGCCACUUUGUGCUGGAAAACCUCUGAAUCUUCAUCAAAUCUCAGAGUCUAUGUCAGACUGCGCACAGAAGACAUUGCCUGGGCAUUGAAAGAGGUGCGAGUGCUCAGUGAGGGUCGGAUUGAAGUGGACGACUUGAAGCCUCUGACUGAAUAUGAGUUCCAGAUGAGAACAUGCAAGUCAGCAGCAGAGCCGACACACGGCGACCUGAACACCAGCAUGAAGACAGCUUGCAGCAAAUGGAGUUCAUCUGUGAGACAGAUGAGUCCUGGAAAAGGUCCAUCUCGGCAGCUGGACGUGUGGAGGACUUUAAGCAGUCUAAGGACACAUGGGAUGCAAAUGGUGACUGUUUUUUGGAAGCCCCCAUCUCCAGAGGAUUACAGCGGUGAGGUGCAACAGUACAAAAUCUUUUGGGUGACAGAUCAGAAACAUGAAGUGACCUGCGCGGCAGCUGAUGUGCAGUGGACGGGUCGAGUAUCAUCAGAAGUUCAGACUCUGGCUGUCGCUGCCGUCACCUCGUAUGGGACCUCUCCACCAGCCCAAGUGACUCUCACACACUCAGAUGCUUUGGGGCCUGUCCUGGAAGAGUUGACUCCUGCUCUCAGCGGCAAAGCUCUGCUUGUCUCAUGGUCGUGGCCAGUGGACCAUCACCGCUCAGCGCUGGCAGCAGAGCUGCUGUACUACGUGAUAGAAUGGAGGAGUGUGCCAGCAGCAGAUCUACAGUGGCAAAAGCUGAGCAAAGACUUACACAGCACGUCUGUCACAGGUUUGACUGCGGGUGUGAGGUAUGAUAUCUCUUUGCAUGCUGUGACCAGCAGAGGAGUCAGUGCUCCAUCAUCCAGGACGGCGUACUCCAGUGAAAAGACACCAUUUUCUGGUCCCAACAUGUCAGUACUGGCUCAUGAAAACAGACGGAUCCUGAUCGAGUGGGAUGAGCUGCCUGUGGACCAGCAGAGGGGGCACAUUACCAAGUAUACUAUCUAUUUCCAGGGGUUGGACUCUACCAACACAGUGCUCAAUGUGACAGUGCCAGUAUCUGGCCCGAGACAGACGUGGUUGGAUUGUCCCUCUGGAGCUCUGGUCCUGCAGAUGACUGCCUCCACCUCAAUGGGGGAAGGACCACCAGGGAAACCAGUCUCCUCUCUGCCUACAACUUAUGCAGUCAACCUGGCCAUUGUGAUGGUUUUCAUCAUUGCAGUUCUGAUAGCGAUCACAGCCAACCUGAUGUGCUGGAGUUGCAUCAGGGAAAGGGUCAAACAGAAAUGUAUAUCCUGGGGACCCGAUUGGUUUGUUGACAACAUGCCAAAUCUAGAAUGCAGUAAUGCCAUCAAACUACUGGAGCAUGAUGGAAGCGAACCAGUAUUCUCAUCGAUCCACAGUGAAACUCCAUUGUCCUCCAUCACUGUGGUCUCCCAGGAGGCCAGGGACGAAGUGUACCCCGCCAUCCACAUCGAAGUGACUCAGACCUACGGAUCAGAGCGACCCAUAGCAGAGACGUCUUUACUGAUAAUGUCAGACGAGUCUGGCUACAAACCCCAGAUUGCUACACUGGCUCAUCAAGGCGAGGAGACGAAUGAUAAAGAAGACAAGCAGAACGAUUAUCCAGAAAGCAGAGAAGAAGAUGGAUGUGCAUUUGUUCUUGGUGGAUUAAGAGAUGGGUUUUCGUUCGGUGGAGAUGUGGAUUUCUCAGACUCCCCUCGUGGACUGGAUCGCAGCUCGGUCACUUGUCUUCUCUGGCCUACAACUGCUGAAACGAUAGUCCUGGCUGAGCAGAGUGUGGGACGUGAAUCUUUGUCUCUGGACUUAACUCAAGAUGACAUUAUGACUCCAGACACAACAGACAUUAGUUCGUCUCAACAAAGAAGUGAAACGACGAUGUUGAACGGUGGCUAUUUUCCUCAGAUAGCUGCUGCAGGCGGCAUCAUACGCUGAGGAGGAACAAUACCAACAUAUAAGCUGCUCUACUGAUUUUCAAGAAAGCAUUAUUAUUAACCAUCACUUUUCUGUGAAUUUGUGUGAUCAGAAGAGUUCAUUGUGUCCCGGUGCAUUAGUCAAAUGAUAAAGAUGACUAAAGGCUGAACCGUGCGCACUCUCUCUACAGUUCGUAUAUAUUCCUCUGCUGCUCCAACUUAAUAAAAGCAUUACAUAAGCUUACAAACUGGUGUAGUGGUGAGCAUUGUGGCUGUGAUUCUCUCCAUUCUGAUUUCCCAUCCAUCCUUUGUGGAAUUUGCACAUCUCUGUGUCCACGCUUGGCUUGCUCCUGACACUCCUGUUUCCUCCCACAGUCCAAAAACCCGUCUGAGGCUAAUUGUUGGCUUUUAAUGUCCGAUAGGUGUUACUCUGAUUGUGAUUGCUGUUGUCUCUGUGUUGGCCCUGUGAUGACCAGUUCAUGGUGUACCGAGGUUUAGGUUUACCCAUAGUGCACUAUGACCUUAACUUUGGAUAAUGCAAUAAAAAAUUGGAAUUGGUGUUGAUAAGCUGUUAAAGUCUUCAAGUUUUAAGAAUCACAACCUGCAUGUACAGUGAACUACAGAGAAACGGCAAGCAGUGUAAAACGGGUUCGAUGGAGUGCAUAGUGAGUGACCAGUAUGUUCAUGGGGCCAAAAAUGAGAGAUGGUAAUAUGGUGGUAAUAUGGUGGUAAUAUGGUGGGGAGAGCAGUCGUCUCUCAAUCGGAAGGUCGUUAGUUCAAUUCCUGUCUCCCCCUGUCUGCAUGUUGAGGUGUCCUUGGGCAAGACACUGAACCCUGCAUCGCCCCCAGUAGAUGGACUGAGCGCCUUGCAUGGCAGCCGCCUCCAC